AUGCUGUCCACGGCGCACAACAACCUUCAUGAGCGACAUCGACAACACCGCCGGCAGAUCUCGACGCCGUCGGCCCUUGAUGCUGUGAAAGCCCCCAGCCUUCCGGCACAAGCGAUGCAUCGUUAUCAUGCCCAUCGCCGAGGCCAGAGUUUUGACAACAGAUCUCUGCGCGUUCAACGAUCGCAGUCCAUGCAAGAUGGUACCUUUCAUACUAACCCAACAGUACCGCAGCACCCUUCCAAUCAACGUUAUCUCUGUGUCACGCAGCCUCCCUUUCCUCAACAGCCAGCCCCCAUGCCCGUUAUGCCCGAAUGCCAGACAUUCAGCCAGGAGGAAUUGCACCCCUUGGAUCGUCACAAUGGCCAGAACAGUCAACCAAACAUGGCUUAUCUGAAUGCGAGUUUUCCCAAGGAGAACCCAGCUAUGAGCGUUCCGCACAUGAAUAUGCAUUUCAACCUGAUGCAACAACCGCACAUCGAGACAGGGGCUUGGGACCUCUACCAGCAGAAUAACGUCGCGGCGACCUUCCCCCACCCAACACACCAUAUUGUUCCUGAUGUAAGGAAAUUAUCGGUGCAGUCGGACGCUACUCCAUCCCAGCACCCGCAUACGCCAAAGCAUGGCAACACACACUAUAUCCCAAUUACACCAGCAACAACACCGUUCAAGCAAACCGUGGGCCUUGUUCAGUACGGCGGGGACAUUCAGCCAACACCCACCAAGGACCAGGGUAACACGAUGCCUGGAUCAGGCCAGUCGUCGUAUAUGCAGCGAGCGAAGUCUCUCCAAGGCGUGGCUGGAACUACUUUCACGCAGCAGAAGUUUGAUGUGCCCUCUCCCCCGAACACAGCCUCAUUUGAAGUGGAUAAUUUUGAUACCUUUAACUAUGAGCAGGGUUCCAGUUUUGAAGUUCCUAAGUCGGAGAGUCUGUCACAAAGCCAGUAUACGUCUUCAUCGGCUUCGUCGUCCUUUAUGUCAUCUCCAGAGCUGGCUGCUAUGCCUUGUCCCGAGGAUGGUGGUGCAAAGACACCGAAAGUGCCCAUCUAUCCUGCCACCCCCAACCGUCCGCAUCAUAGAAAGUCCGUCAGUGAGACGCCUAGCACGUCGUCCGCCAAGCCUAAGCUUUCUCCGCGGGUCGCAAACAUCGACAGCCUCAAUCUCGACGCUCGCGUCCAGGCUUCGAUCAAGGAAACCGGGGUCACCAUCGAUGAGAUUGCGUCGUACAUUCACGGUCCGGAUCCCGAGGAUGGGAAGUGGGUGUGCCUUCAUCUCGGCUGCGAGCGCCGGUUCGGAAGGAAAGAGAACAUCAAAUCGCAUGUGCAGACUCAUUUGGGCGACCGCCAGUACAAAUGCGACCAUUGCAACAAAUGCUUCGUUCGGGGUCAUGAUCUCAAGCGUCACGCCAAGAUUCACACCGGCGACAAGCCCUACGAGUGCCUAUGUGGAAAUGUAUUUGCGAGACAUGACGCCUUGACUCGACAUCGGCAGCGCGGGAUGUGCAUCGGCGGCUACAAAGGUAUUGUGCGCAAGACUACCAAACGAGGCCGUCCAAAGAAGCACCGACCCGAGAUGGACGAAAGGCAAGAGAAAGCGUCGAGAACGCGCCAGAGAAUCGCAGAGAAGGCAUCCUUUGAUUCCUCCACAUCCGAAUCCUCCCGCAACACACCUCCUUCAGAAGUCUUCGAGAACAUGAGUCUCCAUGGCUCUAGUCCGACGGAAGAAAUGCCGGUGUUCAACAACCCCGAUUACUCGUUGCCACCUGAAGUUUUCACAUACACGCCUCCUGCAUCUCCCGGCUAUAGCGUUGGGAUCAAACCAUCGCCUUCCCGAGACAGGCGAUCGAUCACCCCCAGCUCGGAGGACGAGAUGUUGCCAUCUUCACCUGCAAAGCGGUCCCUCGAUAAGAUAAUCACGGACUCCAGCUUGCCUUACAUGUCUGAUCCGGAGACGUGCCCAUACACAGAUGCGUCUGGCACAGCCAGCCAUUCCUUGUCUUCCCCACACGCAGGCCCUACUCUGUCCGAAUCGUCCAACGGCUCUGAUCUCGACAUCUUCAUCAGCCAGGGAUCGACGACAGGAUUCGGAAAGCCCGAAUUCGGAGAUCUUGCAGACCCUGAUAUGGCUACCUUCCCCGACUACGUGAACACUGCAUCUUUCGAAGGUGGAAUGGAUCUUUUCCCCACCAAGCCCUUCUGUUCAGGCCCCACCAUGGGCGAUGACUUCUUCUUUCAAUUCCAAGUGGACGAGCCACCCACGGACGCCAUGACUAAAGAAUUCUUCAUGGACUAA